GAGCAGAGACGAGGUCCCGGGAGGGCGCGGGGCGCAGGGGCGGCGCUGCGGGGCCGCGGGUCGGGCGUGUUAGCGGAGAGCGCCGAGGGGCGAGGCCGGGCUGCAACAGGGGCCGCUCGGCCCAGGGGGAGCCCGCGCCCCGCUCAGCCUUCGAGCCCCGCGCCCUGAGCAUCUCCCGAGGAACCGAGACAAAGGAGGAUUCAUGUCCAAAGGGUUCCCAGAGACCAGGACGGACGCAGCCAUGUCAGAGCUGGUGCCUGAGCCCAGGCCUAAGCCGGCAGUGCCCAUGAAGCCUGUCAGCAUCAACUCCAACCUGCUGGGCUACAUUGGUAUCGACACCAUCAUCGAGCAGAUGCGCAAGAAGACCAUGAAGACUGGUUUUGACUUCAACAUUAUGGUCGUUGGCCAGAGUGGACUGGGCAAGUCAACGCUGGUCAAUACACUCUUCAAGUCCCAAGUGAGCCGCAAGGCCUCCAGCUGGAACCGGGAGGAGAAGAUCCCUAAGACGGUGGAGAUCAAAGCUAUUGGGCACGUGAUAGAGGAAGGUGGUGUCAAAAUGAAGCUGACUGUCAUUGACACCCCGGGCUUUGGAGACCAGAUCAACAAUGAGAACUGCUGGGAACCUAUUGAGAAGUACAUCAAUGAGCAGUAUGAGAAGUUCCUGAAGGAGGAGGUGAAUAUCGCCAGGAAGAAACGUAUCCCUGACACUCGAGUCCACUGCUGCCUCUACUUCAUCUCCCCCACAGGACACUCCUUGCGACCUCUCGAUCUCGAGUUCAUGAAACACCUCAGCAAAGUGGUGAACAUCAUCCCUGUCAUUGCCAAGGCUGACACCAUGACCCUGGAGGAGAAGUCUGAAUUCAAGCAGAGGGUUCGGAAGGAGCUUGAAGUAAACGGCAUUGAAUUCUACCCUCAGAAGGAGUUUGAUGAGGAUUUGGAGGACAAGACAGAGAAUGACAAAAUCAGGCAGGAGAGCAUGCCUUUUGCUGUGGUGGGAAGUGACAAGGAGUAUCAAGUGAAUGGCAAGAGGGUCCUCGGCAGAAAAACUCCCUGGGGGAUCAUCGAAGUGGAAAACCUCAACCACUGUGAGUUUGCCCUGCUUCGAGACUUUGUCAUCAGGACCCACCUUCAGGACCUCAAGGAAGUGACACACAACAUCCACUAUGAGACUUACAGGGCCAAGCGGCUCAAUGACAAUGGAGGCCUCCCUCCGAACAAAGCUUGUGCCUCACUCGAGGUCUGGGGGAGGUUUUAUUUAAAAAUGGUGGGAGCAGGGAGAAGGCCUCCUGGGCACUGUCCUUCCACCUGUGCCAGCCACCCCCUGUCCCACUGCUGAAUGAAGGCCAUUUCAAGCGCUGCUUCUCCCUCCAUUCCUCUCAGCUGUUAUUGCUGCAGGCCAAGCCCUUUUUAGUGCUGUGCUUGUCCAGCCCACCACCACAGCCCCUCUGGACCCUCGGCAGGUGGGAGGGGCCAGCUGCCUCUUUAGGACAGUUGCUUCCUCUAUUUAGCCAAACCACUUCUCUCCUCUCACUGGAAUGGAGUUCUCGCCAGCACUGCCUGCUCCAUCGUCUGUGUCAGCCGGUCCCAGCCCAUCUGUAGGGAGAAAGAACUCACCAAGAGCUUCUUCUGCCUUUGCAAACCCAUACCAGCUACUUGUAACCAUUUCCAGGGAAACAGCAUUGCUCCCUAUCCAUUCAUCUGCAUGAGCUACUCUUGACUUCCUUAAUGGGUCAAGAAAGCAAUUUUUCUGCUUGUCAGAUUCAGAGGUCAGGAGUGUGAGCCCCAGUGUGGGACAAGGGUGUCUCCUUCAUUGCUUAAACGUAUUUACAAGGAUGGGUCACUACAGAUGCCAGGGAGCAAGGAUUAGCAUCACUU